AUGAUCUCGUUUAACGGAAAUGUGUAUCCGUAUUAUAAGAUCUGUGAUUGGUUCCUCUAUAUUUUGUUAAAAGUAUCGAGCCGGCAGCAUCUUUUGAUAAACGAAAGCAAGAAAGAAGUUCCUUCAAUUUUCGUGGAUUUGGUUUUACCUGACGAUCUGUUGGAGCGGAUGUUAGCUCAUCUCCCGAUUGCUAGCAUUCUCAGGGCAGGCUGCGUGUGUAAAAUGGCACGAGAUAGUCACUUCGGAAAGGUUCCUGUGGAAUUUCACCAUGUCCUGCCACAAAAGCCUUGGUACUUUAUGUUCACCAGCUCAGAUGAACCAGUUGGUUAUGCGUAUGAUCCCAUCCUCCAAAAGUGGUAUGGCAUUGACCUCCCUUGCAUUGAGAUAUCCAAUUGGUUCAUUGCUUCGUUAUGUGGAUUAGUUUGCUUAUGGACAAUGAUAGCAGGAGUGAACUAUAUGUUUGCGACUUAA